UGGGAGAUAUGGACGAAUGGAGCAUUUGGGGCAUGUCACAAUGGUGGAUUAAGCUACUUUUACGAGUUUCAAGAAAUGGUGUACAUACAUUCUUGGGGGAGCAGGCGCAUAGCAAGUUCAAUCUCAACGUUUAAUCAAGAUUCGUUUUCUUGUGGUACCCUUGUCCACCUGUUGCAACUUUUGCGAGGCUGCUCACAGAUCAGCUCCACUUCAAUCCUGGCUGACGUCGUGUAG